GCUAUGCGUGAGAGCGAUGAUAACAGCAGCGACGCCUUGUCGUCGCCCACUCUGCCGCCGCCGUCGUCGCUGCUGCCCUCCCCAUCUCCGAGCAUGCGCCGCGGUAGCGUGAGCGCCGUGAGCGCCCCCGUGCCGCCCGAGACGCGCGCGCCGGACCCCGCCUUCUGUCUCCGCCUGCCCAAGGUCGAGCUCCACGCCCACCUCAAUGGCUCCAUCACGGCCGACACGCUCCAGGCCAUCUGGGACAUGCGGCGGUCGCGCGGCGACGAGCUCGGCGUCGCGCCGCCCGCUGCCGCGCUCAAAGACCCAUCGCAUGCGCAAGGCAUAGACUCGUGCGUGUCGCGUGCCCAUGUCCUCGCUGACGCCACGCCCAGCUUCUUCGCCCACUUCGGCGCCUUUGUUUACCGUAUCGUCAACACGCCCGACGCACUGGCAACAGCCACGCGCGCCGUGCUCCUCAACUUCUUGUCCGACGGCGUUGCGUAUCUCGAGCUGCGGACCACGCCGCGCGCGCUGCCCGACACGACGGCGGAAGAGGCAGUGCGCAUCGUGCUGCGCGAGAUUGUCGCCUGGAACGCGUCGGACGGGGCAAGCAUGCCCACGCGCCUGAUCCUGUCCAUCGACCGCGCACGGCACGACACCGGCGCCGCGAUGGAGAUUGCCGAGCUCGCGCUGCGGCUGCGCGACGAGGGCCUGCCCGUCGUCGGGGUCGACCUGUGCGGCGACCCCGCCGCGCCGUGCGACCUGCGCUCGCUCGCGCCGGCGUUCAAGCGCGCGCGGGACGGCGGACUCGGCGUCGUGCUCCACUUUGCCGAGACGCCUGGGUCGAGCACCGACGCCGAGCUCGACGAGCUGCUCAGCUGGGAGCCGCGCAGGCUAGGUCACGCGAUACACGUGCCCGUGCCGCUGCGCGAGCGCAUCCUCGACGCCGGGAUUGCCCCAGAGCUCUGCCUCUCGUGUAACGUGCUCGCGGGCAUGCUCCCGCCCGUGGUGAAAGACGGGGUCGAGCGCGCGCCUGGUAUCGUCGACCACCACUUUGGCUGGUGGUGGGAUAAAGGCGGCCCGUUGUCUCUCGGCACUGACGAUGUCGGCGUCUUCCAGGCCACCUCGACAGACGAGCACGUGCACGCCGCGACGCAUUUUGCGCUCUCGCGCAAAGACAUGGUGGACCUGAGUCGGCGGGCGAUUAGCGCCGCGCUGGGUAGCGACGAGGACAAGCAGAGGGUGCAGGGCUUGUUGGAUUCCUUCUGCCGCGACGAGGGGUGGGGGCGGCGCGUGUCAAGGUAG